AUGAGCGACAGCGACACGCAACCGUUGUUGCGCAUCCUCACUGCCAUAACCUUCAUCCCCUCUCUCCCACUGUGUAUCACUCAUGGCGUUCUCUCACAUAACCCCAUACCAGCUGUUGGCUUUGCUCCCAUGGCCCUCUCCGCUGGCUAUUCGGUGUUGCUCUUAACAUAUCGCCGCCGCAGCAAGCGCAAGCAAAACAAUCGUCGGAGUAUCGGACAUGCUGAGGAAGAUAACGAUCUCGAGUCCGUCAGAAAUGGAGAUGAGGCUGGGAUCAGCUCGAGCCAACCACUCAUCGAAGGAGGCGCAGAAGAGCCAGGGUAUGCGGCGUCGGAAAGAUCGCAAGCGGAGCAGACACCCGCAUGGGAGGAAGAGGCAAAGGAGAAGAAGACCCCUCUGUACGCUCACACCAUCUUCAUCUUCUUGGUUGACAGCAUCCUGGCUGCGGGCGUCAUGGUUGUCCUCGUCUUCACGUGGAUCAACACGCAAAAGGGCAGGACGGGCAUCAUCAACCCCGUCUUGGGCGGUAAGCUGGCCAUGUUGGCUGCUUACGCUACCAUUCCUUUGUUGGCAAACUUCCUAAUCCACACUUACCUCGCCCUCCGCGGUUUCGCCAUCGGUCUAGCCCUCUACCCACUAGUCCAGUACGCUGCCUGGCACACCCUGCCACCCAACUGCCCCAACUGCAGCAGCCGCCUCCGCCCAACCUCAAGGCCCAAGAUCCCCUGGUACGAUUUCGUCUCGCGGCCCAGGAACUUGUGCGCCCGACCGACUUUCAAGGCACCCAAGUGGUGGUCCAACCGUCAGCAACGCCGAACGGCGGUGGAUGUGGUGGGCGCUGGUGAUGUGGAUAAUGACGCGACGGCGAGACUGUUUGUGAGGAAUGACGACCUUGAAAGUGUGAGCCAUCUUGGAGAGGGGGUACUUGCGGUGGAGAGGUAUAGGGAUGAGCCUGAUGCCGAUGAGGAUGCGGGGGUGGAGAAUUUUGAGACAAGGAGUUAUAGGGAUGAGCCUGAAGGUGAGGACAAUGACCAUCAGGAACGGGAGCAAGAGGGGCAACCAGAGGGGCAGGGCGAGGAGGGACAGGAGCAGCAGAAAGGGCAAACAGAAGACAUGUUGCAAGCGCAGCCGGAAGGCCAGCAAGAGGAAGAUGGUCAGCAGCAGCAGCAGCCUGAGCAACAGCAGCAAGAACAGGGUAAUGAUGCGAGGAGUGAAAGGCUCGAAAGGAUUGAGAGUCAUGACCAGGUUCUUGCUCUGAUUUGAGCUGCUGAGAACAAGGGGCGGUGAGAGCUCUUUCGCAGCUUAAGCGGGUGGCUAUGAUGCCUUGACAAGGGCCCGUAAGAGGGGUGCUCUUUGUUACUACGAUGGAGGCUCAAGUGGGCAAAACAAAGCUGGUGAAGACGAGUUGGACUACAAUGUCACGACGUGCAGGAGCGCACAAAAUCAAAGGAGGGAAGACCCUAACAGGGUGACACAGCGUUUGAAGAAUGGGAGGUCUCAUGUGUCAUGAAAAUGUUUUCUGUUUCUGCUUCUUUUCUUUCCUUUCUUUUCUUUCUUUCUAUCUAGCAUGUCUUGCGCGCGCAUUUACGGAUCGCAUACCCGGUAGUUGACACAGCAUUUAGUGCUAGAUACCCUUCUCGGUUCUGGUUUGGGAGCCGCUAGAUUUGUCAAGAUUUCUUGUUACACAUGUUUGGG